GCGGAGCCGGCACGCGGAGACUUUCGGCAGUCCUGCGCGGUUGUCUGGAGGAACGCCUCUGGCUAGCAUGGCCGGAAAGCGUACCGCAGGCGGAAAGCGGAGGAAGCGCGGCCAGGAAGCCGAGGACAACAAAGCAACCCGGCCUGAGGAGAGCGAUGCGGACGACUUUGAAGAUGAGAAACAGAAACCCCCAAGGAAGUGCUUUCUCCCGAAAGUUUCCCAAGGAAAGAGGAAGAGAGACUGCAGUGAUCCAGGGGACCCCACAAAUGGUGCAGCAAAAAAGAAAGUGGCCAAAGCCACCACUAAAUCCAAGAAUCUCAAGGCUGUGAAGGAGGAAGCACUCAGCAACGACGAGGAUGAUUUCCGGGACUCAUCGAGCGACUGCAGGAAGGCAAAGAAACAUCCCAAAAGAGAGGUGGUGGACCAAGGCACCGAUGAAGAUGACAGCGAGGAUGACUGGGAGGAGGUGGAAGAACUUACUGAGCCGGUGCUGGACAUGGGAGAAAAUUCUGCCACCUCGCGGUCUGACCUGCCUGUGAAGGCAGUGGAGAUAGAAAUUGAAACACCAGAGCAGGCGAAGGCACGGGAAAGAAGUGAGAAGAUAAAGGUGGAGUUUGAGACAUACCUGCGGAGGAUGAUGAAGCGUUUCAAUAAGGAAGUGCAGGAGAACAUGCACAAGGUUCACUUGCUGUGCCUGCUGGCCAGUGGCUUCUAUCGAAAUAGCAUCUGCCAGCAGCCAGAUCUGCUGGCCAUCGGCCUCUCCAUCAUCCCUGUUCGCUUUACCAAGGUGCCACUUCAAGACCGGGAUGUCUACUACCUUUCAAACCUGGUAAAGUGGUUCAUUGGAACCUUCACUGUCAAUGCUGACCUUUCAGCCAGUGAGCAGGACAGCCUGCAGACGACCUUGGAAAGGAGGAUCGCCAUUUACUCUGCAAGGGAUAAUGAAGAGUUGGUCCAUAUAUUUCUUCUGAUUCUUCGGGCUCUGCAGCUGCUCACCCGGCUGGUCUUGUCUCUGCAGCCCAUUCCACUGAAGUCAGCUGUGGCAAAGGGGAAGAAAUCUUCCAAGGAGACAUCUUUAGAGGGUCCUGGAGGCUCUUCAGAACCUUCUAGUAACAUUCCAGAAAGCCACAACAAACCUAAGACCAGCAAAAGAAUCAAACAAGAAGAAACCUUGUCUGAAGGCAGUGGCAAGGCAAAUGCCAGAGGAAAGAGAGGCACUGCCACCUCGGGCAGCAGGCAGCGGAGGAAGCCCUCCUGCAGCGAGGGAGAGGAGGACGAGCAGGAAAUCCAGAGCCAUCCACGUGCCCGGAAGCGGCGUGUGGCUGCCAAGGUGUCUUACAAAGAGGAGAGUGAGAGCGAUGGGGCAGGCAGUGGCUCUGACUUUGAACUGUCCAGUGGGGAGGGCCAGCAUUGCUCUGAUGAGGAUUGUAAGCCUGGCCCUCGCAAGCAGAAGAGGGCCUCAGCUCCUCAGAGGACAAAGGCUGGGUCUAAGAGUGCUUCCAAGACCCAAAGUGGGAGCCAGAGGGAGCCGCCAAGCUUUUCAGUGGCCUCUUCAAGCUCUUCAGCCUGCAAGCGAGGCAAGAAGGUUUCCUGUGGUGGUGAAGAGACAGAAGACAGAAAAGCUGCUGGUGUAGACCAGUGGCUCGAGGUGUUCUGUGAGCCGCAGGCAAAGUGGGUGUGUGUGGACUGUGUGCAUGGUGUGGUGGGCCAGCCUGUGGCCUGUUACAAAUAUGCCACCAAACCCAUGACCUAUGUUGUAGGCAUUGACAGUGAUGGCUGGGUCCGAGAUGUCACUCAGAGGUAUGACCCAGCCUGGAUGACAGCAACCCGCAAGUGCCGGGUUGACCCUGAGUGGUGGGCUGAGACUUUGAGACCCUAUCGGAGCCCACUUUCCGAGAGGGAGAAGAAGGAAGACCAGGAGUUUCAGGCAAAGCACCUGGACCAGCCUUUGCCCACCUCCAUCAGUACAUACAAGAACCACCCUCUGUAUGCCCUGAAGCGCCACCUCUUGAAAUUCCAGGCUAUUUACCCUGAGACAGCUGCGGUCCUUGGGUAUUGUCGUGGAGAAGCUGUCUAUUCCAGGGAUUGUGUGCAUACCUUGCAUUCCAGGGACACGUGGCUGAAGCAAGCAAGAGUGGUGCGGCUUGGAGAAGUGCCCUAUAAGAUGGUGAAAGGCUUCUCUAACCGUGCCCGGAAAGCCCGGCUUUCGGAGCCCCAGCUGCAUGACCACAAUGACUUGGGCCUCUUUGGUCACUGGCAGACAGAAGAGUAUCAACCUCCGGUGGCUGUAGACGGGAAGGUGCCCCGGAAUGAAUUUGGGAAUGUGUAUCUCUUCCUGCCCAGCAUGAUGCCUAUCGGCUGUGUCCAGAUGAACCUACCCAACCUGCACCGCGUGGCCCGCAAGCUGGGCAUCGACUGCGUGCAGGCCAUCACUGGCUUCGAUUUCCAUGGAGGCUAUUGCCACCCAGUAACUGAUGGCUACGUUGUCUGUGAGGAAUUCAGAGAUGUGCUGCUGGCUGCUUGGGAGAAUGAACAGGCCCUCAUUGAAAAGAAGGAGAAGGAGAAAAAGGAAAAGCGGGCACUGGGGAACUGGAAGCUGCUGGUCAGAGGACUGCUCAUCAGAGAGAGGCUGAAACUCCGCUACGGGGCCAAGAGUGAGGCAGCAGCUCCCCAUGCAAAUGCAGGAGGCGGACUCUCUUCUGAUGAAGAGGAAGGGACCAGUUCACAAGCAGAAGCUGCCAGAGUUCUGGCUGCUUCCUGGCCACAGAACCGAGAGACUAAAGAAGAACAGAAGCCCGAGUACACGAAGAUGACUCGGAGAAGGCGGGCGGCAGAGGCUUCCCAUCUCUUCCCAUUCGAGAAGCUAUGAAGCCAGUGUCCUCCAGGCCAGAGAAGGCAGAUAGCUGAUGGGCCUGGGGACUACAUGGAGGUUGUGCUGCAAAUCAGUUUGACACCAGCCCAGCCGGAUCCCCAUAGGGUGGUGCGGUAAGCUGCCCAGAGUCUACUCUGGUGUUUGGAACACUUUACUGGGAGAUACCCUCUGACCCCUGGACCUUGGUAUUCCUGUCUUUGGAAAUGGGAGUGAGUUUUAGAGGGUCUUAUUUGUUUUCCCAUCUGGUGUCAAAUUUAAAAUCCCUGUCUUAUAGUGAGGGCUGAGUUAUAUGCAUAUACCACCAUGCCUUAUCUAUCCUUUAUUUCUGUUUUUUUUUAAAUAGAAGUCACUGGGAAAUUAUGGGUAUUGGAGCAAUGAGAGGAAUCCUCCUUUAGUGCAGUUCACAUAUAGAAUGCUUGCUCUCCUCUCUCCUUCAGACCCAGGGCAUUUGCUUUUCAGGCCUGCCUGAGUCAGGUUUCCUGUACUGCCUGCUGCUCUUUUGUCAGAGAACACAGGUCAUCUCUUGUCAAGGCACUUUUGGGAUUUUACACUGACAGAAGACUAGAACAAAGCUAAAAAUCAAGAAUGAAAAAAAGAAAACAAAUAGAGAAUUAUGAAAAUGUUCAUAAAAGAUUAUUAGUUUUUGGCUACAUUUUAUUCAAUUCUGGUUACAUUUACUUUGUACUGGUGAUACAUUUUCUAAGCUGCUGUAUGUACUACUCAGGAAAGAGUCCUUUUAUAGAACCUACAGGAAAUAAAGAAUUUACCUAAAA